CGCUGAUAGUGUUGGGGUUCAAGAUGGUGGUGAUACUAGGAUACUGGGACAUCAGAGGGUUGGCUCAUUCUAUCCGUCUCCUGCUUGAAUACACAGGCACGCAAUACGAAGAAAAACUUUAUGUAACAGGGGAUGCCCCCAAUUAUGAUAAGAGCCAGUGGCUGAAUGAAAAAGAGAAGCUGGGAUUGGACUUUCCCAAUUUACCAUACCUCGUGGAUGGUGAUGUGAAGCUUACACAGAGUAAUGCAAUUCUUCGCUAUAUUGCACGCAAGCAUGGACUUUGUGGAGAGUCAGAAAAAGAAAAGAACUAUGUUGAUCUAAUAGAAAAUCAAGCGAUGGAUUUUCGCAUGGGUCUUGUUGUAAUUGCUUACAGUCCUCAAUUUGAAACACUGAAGGGGCCAUAUUUAGAGAAGCUGCCUAUUGCUCUGAAAAAGUUCUCUUGCUUUCUAGGAGAUAGAUCUUGGUUUGCAGGAGAUAAGAUCACUUAUGUCGAUUUCGUGAUGUAUGAUGUACUAGAUCAACACCGGAUAUUAGAUCCAACUUGUCUGCAGAAUUUUAAGAAUUUGCAGGCCUUUCUAACCCGAUUUGAGGCCCUCCCUGCUAUUGAUGCUUACAUGAAGUCCUCGCGUUUUAUGAAGACACCGAUUAACAACCGCAUGGCAUCCUGGGGCAACAAAAAAUAAGGCAUUCUACACAUGGAAGACUUCACUCUUUUGUUUCACACCAGAACAUGUCCACUGUUCUGUUUUUGUUUGUGUAGCCAUCAGAUCACUUUCUCUCUCCCCUACCUGAUGUCCUUUUGUUUGGUAACUCGGUUUACAAUAAAGCCAUCCAAUAAGUAACCA